CCACCAAGAUACCUCUUCGUUGCAGAAUGAUUAGACAGAGAUAAGUAGCUCUUUAUCAUCAUAUACUAUCUUAUUCUCAUUUUUUACUUAUGGACAUAACAGUGCAGUAUUAUUAGAGUUCAGUGAUGAAUAUUAAAUAUUCAUUAAGUUAAUCAAUCUGGAUCCAUCAUUAUGUACUGCAGAUGGCGCAAUAUCUGAUUAUUAAAGCUGAUUUGUCAAGGAAAUCAUUCCAAAGAGCACGUAGAUUCCAAAGAGCACGUACUUGUGCAUCAAAUUGUCUGCAGAUCGUGUUUAUUGUUGAUCGCGCAUCGCGUUGUUGUAGUUUUGUGCGUUCGAGUUUUCACAACCAGCAGAUGUGAGUUUCUCCGUGGAUAAGACUUCGCGUUCACUAGCAUCACGAUGGCGAGUAACUACAGCGACAGCGUCGUACAUCACACUAGGCAAGAACUGACCAUGGCCGAAGUAACAUUGGCCAUGGAACUGACGAGUGACGAUAAAAAAUAUGCGGCGGUACAUUUGAACGAAACCGACGAGACUAGAAAGAACGCCAUUGCGGAAAUCAAACGCUGGAUCGAGGAAUGCGAUGACUUGCGCGUACGAAUCGGUAAAAAUGAUAGAGAUGACUUCUUUAUCCUGCGAUUUUUGAGAGUCUGCAAAUUUAAUCUCGAGAAAACUAAGAUCAGGAUGCGAAACUAUUAUAAACAGCGAUUUCGCUUACCAGAAUGGUUCAUGAAUAAAGAUCCGUUUCGACCGGAACUACAGGAACUGCUUGAUUUAGGGAUAUUUUUGCCUCUGCGGAAGCCAGACAAUCAUGGGAGAUUGGUUAUUAUCGUGUAUGGCACUCGGCAUGACCCGAAGAAACACGAACUUUCAGACAUAGCUAAGAUCGGCGUGAUGGCGACAGAAGUUGCGACAAAGAAUUAUACCACAGCAUCUGUGUAUGGCUGCUCAGUGUUCAUAGACGUAGCCAAUCCGACUAUGCGACAUGCUCUUCAAAUGCGACCCCAAAUUGUAAUAAAUUUGGUUCACAUGUGGCAGAGUAGCUAUCCUAUAAGAAUGCAAUCAAUUAACAUAAUUAACGCGGCCGAAUAUGUCGAUAUUGUUUUGAGAAUUUUUAAAUCUUUUAUGAUUGAAAAGAUGAAGAAUAGAUUGCACGUCUACUCACAAAAAGCGACGCAGAACAGUUUUAAGGAUAUUCCAGUUAAUACCUUGCCCGUCGAGUAUGGCGGCACUGGUGGUACACUUCAGGAGUUAGCAGAAUAUUGGAAGAAAUUAUUGGAGGAAAAUCGCGACUGGCUUAUGGAUGAUGAAAAAGAUUGUUACUAAUCUGAAACAGUAAAUUCAGGAUCAACGAAAAUGUAUAUUUUUAGCACACUUGGAUAUUU